CAAUCGGUUGUCAACAGCAGAAAAAAUAACAACAAAUGGAGCUGUCCGUACUGUACUCAUGCAGGAAAAACUAAUCUCCAGUUGGUUCUAGGUUUUGUUCGUCCUCAUCGAUUGGUUAGUUUAUGUUUCGUUGCGCUGGUGAAUUGUGUUUUACGUACGCGAUUGCGUUUGUAUCAGCAUGAAAAUCCACUUCCGCGAACAGUACUGCUCGAAUGGAGAGGAAAUUCUCUACGUCACGCCAGAUCACCAAGACACUGUCGUUCGCGUAACAGUUAAGGGUGAACGGCCAUCGAUACGGAAGCGCUUCAGCUUAAAGCGGUUUUUCCAGCAUCUCUUCCUGCCUGUUGGAUAUCCGGACAGUGUGAGCAGUGACUACUUAUCAUACCAAAAGUGGGACACGUUGCAGGCUUUCUGUAGCACCAUAAGUGGAACGCUAACAACUCAUGCAAUCCUCAAAGGAGUUGGAGUCGGAAGCGAUGCGGCCAACCCACUUUCAGCAACAAUUACAUGGGUGCUCAAGGAUGGUACUGGACAUUUGGGUAGAAUACUGUUCGCCUGGUGGAAAGGUUCGGAAUUAGAUAUCGAUUCGAAAAAGUGGCGCAUCCGCGCGGAUAUACUGAACGAUGUUGCGAUGGCUAUUGAUCUGUUCGUGCUGCCGUACUAUCCGAAGGCGUCUACGUACAUACUUUGUGCAACAACUACCAUGAAAGCGAUAGUCGGUGUGGCGGGUGGAGCGACCAGAUCCGCGCUUACCCAACACCAUGCCAUACGCGGUAACUUGGCGGACGUAGCAUCGAAAGAUAGCGCACAGGAAACUUGUGUCAAUUUGAUUGCCUCCUUUGUAGGGCUUUUCCUUCUCACGUACCUGCAAAAUCAAAAGGUGUUAUAUGGUUUAUUUGCCUUUGUGACACUGAUUCACAUCUACGCCAAUAUCAAGGCGGUUAAGGCAGUCUGCUUGCGAACGUUUAAUGAAGCACGCUACUUAAUCGCACUGGAAGAGUACUUUAAAUCCGGAAUGAUGCUCUCUCCUCAGCAAGUCAACAAGCUGGAAAGAGUCACCGUCGGCCAAACGGUGACACUGACGGCUCGGGUGAAAAUUGGAUGCUCUGUCCGGGAGCUCACCGAGUUUUAUCGCAAUUGCUACGAUCUGGAAAACCUGAUCGCUUGUUUUGAUUCGCGAGACAAGUUUCUUAUAGCAGAAACGCGCCACUAUGUCGGUGUAUACCUGCACUUCACGGUAAAACCGCUGGAUAUUAUAAAAUCUUACUUUUACGUUGCUUCCUACUUGCAAGACAAGAGCCAGCUGCGCGAUCGCUACUGGGAAAUACAAAACAAGUGGAACGAAUUCCUUAACAUGGCUCAGUGCGAGGGAUGGAACGUGCAUGCGCAUUUGCUCAAAACCGAUGAGUAUCGGCUCGAUUGGAGGAUAUAGACCGCCGUAAGAUAUCGCCAUUAUCUGCCCAACUAUCUAGUACCAGCGUUCGGCGCAGAUUACUGCUGUUCGUAGAGAGGGGGUAGUCCGUUCCUCUUUCGCGUGCUUUCACAAUAAUGGCACUCAAAAAUCCUAUGUCCUCCAUCGCACUACCAUCAGGAUUGUAUUGUGCAGGAUUAUAAGCCGAGUGCCAAAGAGACGGUAACGGAUGGAAGAACAGCACAGCAAACCCAACGGAAUGGAAUAACACAACGACAAAUAACAACGAAACCAUUUUGUUCUAGUCAGUACGGAGGACGGAUCAGACGGAAAGGAAAACACGUCCCAACGACACGCACGCACCUUUUUAGGACCAAACUAUGGGAGCACAUCGGCAACCGUAGCUCGCAUUUUAGAAUUAGACGAAUGCACUAUUUCCAUUGUUCUGCAAUGUGUAGUAGCGAGUUGACGCAAGCGAACGGUCAUAGAUCCGUAAGAUAAACGCAAAUGAUAGAAUUGUUCGUCGUUAAGAUUACUUUUAGAAGAAGGAUUGAAGUUAGCUCAACAGUUUAACACCAGGCGUUUCAAGCAACAUCGACGCCAACGAAAAUUCAUUUUCGAACUCCAUAUUUUACGAUACAACAAGCUGUGUAGGGAAUUUUAAUCAUAUCAACUACAAAUGAACACGCCGUUUGUCAAGACAUUUUUCGAUCCCCAAACUCCGGUUUUACUACACGACGUAGAAAAGAAAUUUUAUCCGCUUAAAAGCAUUUGAUUAAUCGAUUAAACUUUGAACAAUUGCUUUUAUUGCCACUUAUUCCGUAUUCCGCAAUAAGCAAGUUAGUUAAGAAUAUCAAAAUGGUACCAGAUGAGUUUCUGGGUUUUUUUUUUAAAUGAAACUCCAAUACAGCAGCAGACUGUUAGUCAUUCCUCUAUGAUAGGUUCCAAACACUUUUAUCGAGCCGACAGCUGACAUGCGAUAGUAAGAUAGAGAAAGGCAGCACGUUUUUAUGCAUUAGGCUUUUAGCACAGUUUUAAACGGCAUUUUAUCAGUAAAAAAAUAGCAGCAGAGAACCGAAAACCAAAACUCAAACCGUCUACAAAUGUAUGCUUCACUGCUGUGAUAAAACAGAAAAUUAGCGCAAUUCAA